AUGCAGCUCCUACUGCUGACCGUAGGCCUGGCACUGGUCUAUGGCCUCCAGGCUCAGGAGGAAAGCCAGGAGGAGCCCCAGGAGAGGCUGCAGGAGGUGAGCACAGGAGUCCCAGGAGGCCAGGGGAUCUGGCACACCGCCGCCCUGGCCUCCAAUAACUCGGCUCUGAUCAGGCCCGGCGGGCACAUCAGGGUUUUCAUCGACACCAUGAGCGCGAAGGACGGCAACCUGCACGGGGAGACCCUCAUACCGAGAGAAGGCUGGUGCGAGAAAGUCUCCCUCACGGCGUUCAAGACUGACACCAACAAAUUCAGCCUGGAGAUUUGGGGACACAAUGAUUUCUACCUGGAGGAGGUACAGCCCAAGAGCUACCUGAUUCUCUACGUGAUCAACCAGUACAAUGUGACCAGCCUGGUGGCCAACCUGAUGGUCCGGGACCCCAGCACACAGGAGGACUUCCUGCAGACAUUCGAGUCCGUCUGUGAAGACCUCGGCCUGCACAAGGAUCAGAUUGUGGUUCUGGACACUGACGAUCACUGCCAGAGUUUCAGACACUAG